AUGGAGGUGUCUGAUGGGAAGCAGGUGGGAUUCGUGCCUUUGUACGUUUCAGGAUGUCCCGACAGUCAGUCAGUCUUGCCUGCGGUGGAGGUGGUGUUGGCGAUGAAUGCGGGUCUGGAUUUGGAAACUCACAUGGUACAGAAACCCUGUAUGUGCAUUGAAUGUGGAAAAGGCUUCAUCCAGAAGACAGAUCUCACUAUUCAUCAGAGAACUCAUACUGGAGAAAAGCCCUAUAUGUGCAGUGAAUGUGGAAAAGGUUUCAUUAGGAAGAGCCAUCUUACCAUUCAUCGGCGAACUCAUACUGGAGAGAAACCCUAUGUCUGCGGUGAAUGUGGGAAAGGCUUCAUUCAGAAGACAGAUCUCACUACUCAUCAGAGAACUCAUACUGGAGAGAAACCCUAUGUCUGUGGUGAAUGUGGGAAAGGCUUCAGCCAGAAGGGAAGUCUCAUUAGUCAUCAGCGAACACACACUGGAGAGAAGCCCUGUGUGUGUGGUGAUUGUGGUAAAGCCUUCAUUCAUAAGGGAAAUCUCAUUAUUCAUCAGCAAACUCAUACUGGGGAGAAACCCUAUGUGUGCAGUGAAUGUGGGAAAGGCUUCAUCCUUAAGGGAAAUCUCAGGGUUCAUCAACGAACUCAUACUGGAGAGAAGCCUUAUAUAUGCAAUGAAUGUGGAAAAGACUUCAGCCAGAAGUCACACUCGGUGGCACAUCAGAGAUUUCAUAAAGUAAUGAUUUCCUUUACGUGUAGUGAAUGUGGAAAAUCUUAUUCCCAGAAGUCAAGUCUCAGUAGACAUCGGAAAAUUCACAGAGAGAAACCCUUUCAAUGCAGUGAAUGUUGGAAAGCCUUCGAAACAAAGCAAGAGCUCAUUGCCCAUCCCACUCCCCCACCCCCCAAACGGCAAGUCUGCACCGUCAGCUUUGAUUGGAUCAUGACAUCUCUGCCGUGUGACAUCAUUACAGAAGUGGACUCACUGACGUUCCGCGACGUGGCUGUGGAGUUCACCCAGAAGGAGUGGCAGCUCCUGGCCCCUGCUCAGAAGGCCCUAUACCGGGACGUGAUGCUGGAGAACUACAGCCACCUGGUGUCCCUGGGAGGUUCUCAGGGCAGCGACCCGGAUCCAGAGGACACAUUCCGCUCUGGGUGCUUCUUGGUGGCACCCCACCCACCCCUGCAGAGGCUCCAUGCACUGUACUCGCUGCGUCUGCAUUCGUAG